AAAGCGAUUUCCCCAGAACACGGUUUCGACCGGAGGCACGACCGAGAAAGUGGAACACCGUGGGAAAACGCUAUUGGACUAGUCUUGAUUAGAAAUCAGGCCGAUUUGAUUUCAAAGGACCUGGCAACCCUGACAACACUGAUAAGGGUUAAUGUUGUUUACGAGUGUUUUCGGGCAGUAUGGGCAAGUUAGCAGUGCUCUCGUUAGCUGCUGUUGCUCUGGCAGCUUUCAUCGGAGAAAGGCUCGUUGCACUUAGACAUUUAUCACUUUCCUCCAGAGAACUUACCCAAAACUACCUUCCCAACUGUCACCUAAUAGAGGGCAUAGAGUAUGGGGCUGAAGAUAUCACCAUACUUGACGAUGGAUUGGCUUUUCUGAGCACUGGCUUGAAGUAUCCAGGCUUACCGUCCUAUUCAGAUGACCCUGGAAAGAUCUACUCCCUGAAUCUGUUGGAUUCUGAUCUGAAAAUUAAAGCACUGAACAUCAAGGGUCAGUUUGACAAAGGCUCUUUUAAUCCGCAUGGAAUCAGUGUGUACACCGAUGAAAAAGAUGGUGCCAUAUACCUGUUUGUUGUUAAUCAUCCUCAAGGCAAAAGCCAAGUGGAGAUUUUCCGAUUUGUUGAGGAUGAAAACGCUCUUCAUUACAUGAAGACCAUCAGGCAUGAACUACUGCACAAUGUGAAUGAUAUAGUAGCUGUGGGGACGGAAAGCUUUUAUGCCACCAAUGACCAUUACUUCACUAAUGGGAUUCUCAAGGUUAUGGAGCCACUUCUGUCUUUAUCCUGGUGUGACGUCGUCUACUACAGUCCUCAGACUGUGCAGGUUGUGGCAGGGGGCUUUUCAUCCGCCAACGGCAUUAAUAUCUCCCCCGAUAAAAGGCAUUUAUAUGUGUCAAACAUCCUGAAGCACAAAAUUAGUGUCAUGGAAAUACAGAAAAACACUGUAUUGUCUUAUGUAAAGGAGGUUGAUGUGGGGUCACUGUGUGACAAUAUUGAGGUGGACCGUGAAUCUGGAGAUCUGUGGCUGGGAUGCCACCCAAAUGGUCUCAAAUUCAUGCUUGGUGAUCCGAAGGAUCCGCCGGGCUCUGAGGUUAUCAGGAUUGAGAACAUCCUGUCUGAAAAGCCCCGGGUGACUCAGGUAUAUGCAGAUGACGGCAGUGUGAUCAUUGCUUCUUCAGUGGCCACCCCAUAUGGAGGAAAGCUGCUCAUUGGAACAGUUUAUCAGAAAGCUCUGAUAUGUGACCUUAAAUAGUGAAUCUAAAUAAAUAUUUGAUUUGAAUAGGGCAUAUCAUUUCAGAUGUUGGCUUUUUCCGACAAACAAAUGAAAGACUAGACAUGCUAAUUUUAUUUGGUUUGGUGAUCUCUAAAAUGUAAAUUGGUGCCAACAUUUUUGUGUGCGGUGACAUGUUAUACUUCAUUUUUAACUAAAGUUUUAAAAUCAUAAUGAUUUUACAUUCCGUUUGGGUGGAGUGAAACUAAUAGUUUGAGCAUUUAACAGUGUCCUAUAACUUUGUAACACAAAAUAUUUGAAAAGUAAAUGAUGUCAGUGAAAACUAAUAAUUUAUGAUAAUAUAUGAGUGAACUUUACAAGCAAUAUCCCUUGUGUUCUGGUCGUUUGACCUGUUUAUUGACCCCUGAAAAUUCUAGGUAAGGUUGUUGCAUUGGAAUUAAACAUAAUGACUUUGUUCACACAGGGUAUAUAGUUU